AUGGACGACCUAGAGUCAUGUCAGGAUGGUUUGGGGCUUUCACAGGCCAAGCCCAAGCUGCCGUCUCCGGCUAAAGGUGAGAGCGCCAAAGAAGAGCCCGCGCCACCGCCGCCAAAGAAACGUCGCACUUCAGCCAACAAAGCUGGUGAAGCGACGGAAAAAAAGUGCAAGCGAUGCAAGAAGAUGAAGUUGUGCUCUGACUUCUACCAAGGCCAAGCUCAAUGCACUGACUGCAGCCAAGGACUUCGAAACCUGCAGAACGUUGCUAAGAGGUCUGGAGAAGCAGCGUGGCUCAAAGGCUUGGACGAUGCCGAGGUGGAUCAGCUCCUCCAAGCCUACAACAAGGAGAAAGCCAAAUGCGAGAAGGAACGCACCAAGGUAAAGUUCAACACGUCCCUUUACAGAGAGAGGACCAUCCAUGCAAGUGGUUACCGCAAGGAGGCUCGCCGCCGCAUGAUGACUGAAGACUACUUUUACAGUUGGGCAAAAACGAGUGAAGGUGGAACCCUCAGCGCCAGCCAAGCUCAACGGAAGUGGGAAGAGUAUGAGAGUGACCCUAGCACAGUUCGGGAAGGCGAAGGCAAAAGUCUCAAGCUGGCAAUCCCAAUCUUUGAAGACAUAGUCGAUUACGACGACGUUGGUGCCAGUCGUGAGAUUGAACAGCAGUCACGACUAGGAAACAAGUUGAGCAAGGACCAGCUGGCUGAGAAAAACAAAGUCUUGGUUCUGGCAGGCGGGAGGCGAAGCGCUCCGGAGCAAGACUUGGCGCACGCAGUGAUGAUGGACCAAGACAGCAGUGGGACGUUGAUUCCAAAGCUUUCUGCCUUGCCCACCAAGAGCAAGAAAGGCCUUGCCCCGGAGGCUGGGGAUAGUGAUGAUGACAAAGGUCAACGAGAGCCAGGGCAAGCUUCUGCCUCUGGUUCAUCAGCGCCCGAUGGCAAUGGCAAGCCUCAGGAGAACAAAUGGUUUGACGCUGUGGCUGAGAGAGCAAAAGCAGACAGAAAGUUCGGCCAAGACUUGCAGAAGGCAGUCAAGCGCUUGGCGACCAUGGAUGGUCAGAUGAAAGAAGCUAUGGACAUUGCACGAGCUGAAGCGACCACUUGUGGCUCAGCUGUUGCGGUGACAGAGAUGAAGAUCCUAGACACAAGGAACAAAGCGUUGUCCUUGGUCCGCACUGGCACCCCAGAAGAGUUGGAGACCCACAUCAACUCACUCUUGAAGAGCGAGGACGCAGUGUCUGUCAACACCAAUGGCAGUGCCAAGGAUGCUUCACUUGUGACAUCAGCGCCGUGCCACAACUUCCGAGCAUUGAUCACGGUCACGGCAGCCAGAACCUUGAACGAGCAGUUCCAGGGAGUCAAGUCUGCAGCAGAACUUGACCUCGCCUGGAAGUCAGUCAGGCAAGUUUUUGCGCACUGGGACGAGCUCAUGGGUGCGUACAAGACUGCCACCACUGAGCUGAAGAGAGCAAUUGAUUCUCAAGGCCCUGCAAAGGCCAAGGCAAAAGGAAAAGCGAAGGCAAAGGCCGGAGCCAAAAACAAGGGUUCCAAGAUGUAUGAAGUCUUUGGUGCAGGGUCAAGCGCGGCGACCCCCAUUGCCAAGUAUGAUACUUGGCCAGUCCCUGCCGAGCACGACAUGAGCAAACCUUUCCUUUUGGAGACCGCCCCACCUCUCCUCAAAAACGUGUUGGGAGAUGGUGGGGAUGACGUCGUUGCAGGUGUCAGAAAUGAGCUUUCCACUUUCGAAAGCAAGUUCAGCAAGUCCGACUUGCGAUUCACGGCCGGCAAGGCCCAACGACGCAUGGAUGAGAAGUCGGGGGCUGCGCUUGCAGAGUGCGCCUCGUCUCUACUUUCCAACCACACCGUCCUCGACGUGGGCAAGUGGCAGCCGCCCAGUUGCUAUGCAACGAUUCAAAAGCACAGAUCUUUGCAGUAUGAGGUUGGUGGAUUCGCGAGCCUUCGCUUCUGCUGCAAAGGACAUGUGGCUUUGGCCGACCCGCUGACUGUGAUGCACACUAUGGAAGCUCUCAACAACAAGAAGAAAGAAGAUGAGAGGGAUCGGGUGACAUACGCUUCAGCUCCACCAUUCUUGACGCAUGCUGAGGCAGAGGACUUGGAAGAUCUUGCGGGCAAGGGUGCCCUCUUCUGUGGCAGGUUGGAGCCAGGACAAGUCUUGUAUACUCCUGCCGCCAUGGUUGCAGGGGAGGCGAUCCAUGACAGUGACCACGUGGGGUUGAAGACAUCUUUGAUAGCUGUGGGGCCCGGAGAUGGAGACAAGACCGGGAUUGCAGCGCUGCGAGCCAUGCAGAUGGAAGCCAAAGACUGCGGCAAGAAAUCUGAGACUUUGGAUGAUCUGGUCACAGCCAUCGAUGACAAGAUCUCUAACAUGAAGGGUCCCCCACAUCCACCGCCGGCGGAUGCAGGCAACGCGAGCUAG